CCGACCACGUACAUUUGCCGUACUCAUACGCUGCCUAACGUCAACCUUGAUUUGAUUUACUGUCUCUUUUUAUUCAAACAAACAAAAUUUCUGAUCAACGACUGCACGCAUAAAUCAAAACAAAUCGUGUUGCUUUCCGAUUCCGAUUUCUUCAACGAGCAUGUCCUGUUGAUUUGAUACCUAAAACCUAAACUGUAAUUUUCAAAAUUGCGUUGAAAAAAAAAGUAAAAAUCACAGUGAGAAAGAGAAACCACCAAGGUGUUUCAUGGCUCAUGUACAGCUAAGAGACGAUCAGUGUUGUUUCACAAAUACCUAACGGGCAUCUCUUUUCCUCUUCCUCUUCUUCUUGGUAUUUUUCUCACUGUCUGAUGCGUCUCUUUAGAAAAGCUUCGUCUUCCCCGUAUCCUUCUUCGCCGUCAUCUCCCCCUGUUACUGGGAAUGACAGUAACUCGGCCAAUUACCGUGAGCGUUCGUUUACUCAGCGGCAGAGAAAGCUCAGGCACGUCACUGAACAAGAGCUCGGGUUGCAACCGGGACACCGUUCGUGCUCGUUGCCGACUUCGCCGGAUUCCAACCGGAAGCCGCGGGUGCUGGGCGGGUCAGAUCAUUGGUCUUCGUUCACCGCGCCCCAACCGUUGCCGCUUCCUGACUCGUCUCAGAUUCGAAGACCCGAUUUGAAUUUGGGGCCUGGUCGUACCAGGUCGCCGGAGGCAGGACCGAGCUCCGCUCUGGGGAGGAAUGAUGCAUAUAAUGUGGCCACAACUCCCGGAAAAUCUCCAUGCAAUUUUUGUGGCAAAGUUUCGGAAGAUAUAAACAAUGAAAGUGCUAAUUAUGAUUUAAGACCUAGAUUUCCUGCAAAGACUGCACCAGCAACUGUUGUCUCAAAUCCUGCUGUUAGUUUGCGAAUAUCUGGGGAAGCUGCCCCUUAUUUCAUGGACAGAAAUUUGGCCAAACCUUCUGGUACUUACCCGCGAAGAUUUUCUCAAGAUGAUCUAGUAGUUGACUACAACUUGAAGUCAAAUGUAAGUGCUCCAACAAGUGGAUUGUCAAGUCCUAUUGUCAGCCCACAAAGAUCAAACUCCUUUGAUUUUUUACCUUCUUAUUUGGCUCCUCGAGGAUCUCAAGUUAGGUCAGCUUCAGAGGUCCCCAAGUAUGGUAGGAUUUCCAGUCAUACUUCACCAGUGUCUCCAGUUAAAACCAUGCAAAGCCCUGAUCAUUCUCCACUUCCGAGCCCAAAGGUGCAAAGCCCGCACCGAAUUCUCAAUAGUCCGAGUAAAUUUAUUUUUCCAUUUCACCGUAAUUUGCUUCCAGGAAGUUCUAAGGAGCGGUCAGAAAGUAAUAAUCAUGUCAAUGCCCACCCUCUGCCUCUUCCUCCUGGAGCUUUGGCAUCAUCACAAUCAGUUAUGCCAUUACCACCUGCUGUCACACAGACACAAAACACAACAGAACAGGCAAAUUUAUAUUCAUCAAAAAUUGAAUGGAAGAAAGGAAAACUUAUUGGACGGGGUACAUUUGGAAGUGUGUAUGUGGCAAUCAAUAGAGAGACAGGAGCCUCAUGUGCAAUGAAGGAAGUUGAUAUCAUUCCAGAUGAUCCCAAAUCUGCUGAAUGUAUAAAGCAGCUAGAGCAGGAAAUUAGGAUCCUUCGCCAUUUGAAGCAUCCGAAUAUUGUGCAAUAUUAUGGCAGUGAAAUAGUUGAUGAUCACUUUUAUAUAUAUUUGGAAUAUAUUCAUCCUGGAUCAAUCAAUAAAUAUGUUCGCGAGCAUUGUGGAGAUAUUACGGAGUCCAUUGUACGCAAUUUUACCCGCCAUGUCCUCUCUGGGCUGGCUUACUUGCAUAGCUCAAAGACAAUCCACAGGGAUAUUAAAUGUGCGAAUUUGCUUGUCGACGCUUCAGGCACUGUUAAGCUCGCCGAUUUUGGGAUGGCAAAACAUCUGACAGGUCUAUCCUAUGAGUUGUCUUUGAAGGGCAGUCCAUAUUGGAUGGCUCCAGAGGUGCUAAAGGCUGUCAUGCUUUCUGAUGCCAGUCCUGAUCUUGCUUUGGCUGUUGAUAUAUGGAGCUUGGGAUGUACUGUAAUUGAAAUGUUUACUGGUAAACCUCCUUGGAGUGAGCUUGAAGGGCCUCAAGCUAUGUUCAAAGUUCUGAACAAAACCCCACCUAUACCAGAUACGCUAUCUUCAGAGGGAAAGGAUUUCCUCAAUUGGUGCUUCCAGAGAAAUCCGGCCGAGCGGCCGUCAGCUAUAAAGUUACUUGAGCACCCUUUUGUACAAAAUUCAAAAGAUCACAAUGUCUCCCUUUGCAGGCAGAAAAAAUCAAGCAACUUAAGUGACUGCAGUCCACGUAAAGCCGAUGUGAUGCCAGAGAUUUCCAUUCGAUAGUGAUACUUGUCAACAAGGUUUUGCCAGGCCUCUUAACCUUGCCACAACUUCGCAUAGCUCUCCUUGUUCUGCACUUGAAAACUCUCAUUCCCUAUCUAUGCUGCAAGUUCAUGGAUCACGUGACUUCAACCCUUCUUCAAAUGUCUCCAGCAUUAUUCCCCUUGGUGCUGGGAAUAACCAUCCUUGUCCUCUCUCUCUCAUGAAGUUCCACAUAUCUGAAACUUUAGGGAAUGAUUUCAUGCAGAUGAAUAAGGUGGGAAGGAAACAAAAACAAUCAUCUAUUCCUCAUAUUUCCAUGACCGCUGAUAACGAUUAGAGUAAAUAAAUUUUUUGAAUGGAGAAGCUGGUUGCUUUUUAAAUGCCAGCUUUCUACCUGAUGGCAGCUUGAGUUUGUUUCUCUGUGAAUUACACUUUUAAAAGUUUUAUGAUUUGUAUAAUUGUCCGGACCACAUGAAAUUAUAUAUUUUUUCGCUUGA